CGAAGCGCAGCAAGAGAUCUCCGAAGCGUCCAAGGAGAUUAAGGCGGCCCAGCAGCAACUGCGUGGGGCCUGAAAGAACAGCGCCUUCGAGGCGACCCUGAAGGCGAUGCAAGGCGGCGCGGAAGAAGCGCAGCAUCGCGAGGUGGAGAGCACUGAAACGUUCUUCGAGGGCGAUGUACGGCAGCUCGAGAAGAAGAGCCGCGAGGGGGAUCAGGCGGGUUUCUACAGGCACCUGAACAUGAUCGACGUCGAAGGUAAGAGGUCGUUCACCUCUCAGAACAUCAAGGACGAGGACGGCAAGGUCCUUCGGGACCCCACGUUUAUUCGCCAACGGUGGGCACGGUGGUUCCACAAGCUUCUCAACACCAAGUCGCCGACCAUCGACCUGCAUGCGGCUGACAAGGUCAAGCGGUGGCCCACGUGCGUGCCACUCGACGACAUCCCAUCUCUUCUUGAGGUUGAGGAAGCGGUACGGGAAAUGGCCAACAGAAAGGCCGUCGGGCCGGACGACCUACCGGCUGAGCUGAUCAAGCUUUUCCUGGACGGAGAUCAAGGUCUCCUCCGCGAAUUCCACGCCAUUGUCGUGGACGUGUGA